CUUCUGUUCACACACCAGAAAAAAGCCCCCGUGCCUGUCCCGAGGCAAGCAGAGCAUAUACCCACACGACUCUACCUCUCAACCACCUCAGCCGCCCCACCACCAUCAUUACGGCUCCCUUCAGCCAUGACCUCCCCCUCCCCGCUCACCACCUCUUUCGGACACAGUGAGAGGUACCACUUGGUGCGCUCCACACCAUGCACGUACGUCACCGACCAGUCCCACGACACAGGGAACACGGCCGAGGCGUCGUGUCCCUGCCCGCCCGGCUUGAAUGUGGUGGCGUAGAUGGAGUGGUUGCCUGCGCCCGGUUGCGACGUGCUGAUGGGGUAAGGAAAGAACCAACCCCGGUCGAGGCCCUUGGGGGUGUACUCGUGGGCACCUGAGAGCCAGACAGACAGACAGACAGACGGACGGAUAAGACAACCGCAUACAACCAACCAAUGCAGACAAACCUGAGGGGUGGGUGGGUGGGGAUAUGUGGGCUCGGCUCGACCUACCUGUGAAUUGCCACUGUCCGUCCGCCCAUAUCUCGAGCCAGUUGUGGUUGCCGCCCGCAGGGGUGUUCCAUAUCGGAAUUCCUACACCGCCAGCCAGCCAGAUUGGAAGGCAGACAACACCCACACACAAACAACACAUGCAUUGAUUGCACCAUGACAAUACACAGACGUCCUGGACACCCACCUGCCACUCUCGCAGGAAUGCCCACACUCCUGCACGCAGAUGCUAUGAGUAUCGACAGGCCGGUGCACGAGGCGUUCCGGGCCUCUAUCACGUCCAGAGGGCUCAUGACGGCCGGCGUCCUGUCCGCUACAAACACUAUCGGGGGCUCCCAUGUCGACCAGAUGUACUCGUUGAGCAGCUGGGCUGCCGCCCGGAGGGAGGAAGGGCUGGGGGGGUGGACGGACAGCACCUUGCUGGCGUGAGAGUAGAGCACCGGCCGCCACGACUCUCGCUGCACCAAAUCCACUCACCCACGAAUGACCGACACACACACACACAGAGGGAAGUAAGGUGGUGCCUGUGUAUACGUGUGUGUGGGAAUGGUGGUCGGGUCGGUUGCUCACCGGCUCGUCAAAGUAUGCGUAGGGCAGGACGUCAUUGAGGAAGACCUCCCACGGCACCUCCUUGGCCCAGGGGAACUCCUCCCGAGCCUUGAGAGAGUACUGCACAUGCUCCAUCAGGUAGCCGAGAGACAGCCGCGCCACGUCGACCUGCGGCAUGAACUGCACCAAGAAGUGCAGACACUGCCACUCAUCCGCAGACAGCCGGCCCUCCAAGCCAGCCACAUCCUCCACGCGCAGCCCUUCCUCCGCACUGCUCCUCCCCGCAGCCAGACGCUUCUGCACCGUCUCGGAGAGCCUCUCAACAUGCGACCGCUCUAUUUGCGCGGUCACCGUGGGCAUGGCGACGGUGUCUGCUGGCCGUGGGCGGUGGUGUGAGGCGCGUGGCGUGUGGCCGAACUUAGUUGCAGUAGGCGCGAUGAAUGUGGGCGGGCCGUGGACUGCAGCCGAGCACCAGAUGGAAGAGAGGGCGAUGAGAGAGGCUAUUCGGGUCUCCUGUAAGCCAGCCUGCGAGCGGGCAGCUCCCAUCUGCGGCCAAUCUGCGGUGAGAAGUACGCCGUCAGCUGAGGAGAGGAACGUCCACCAGCGCAAGCAGCGAGUGGCUCAGAUAAGAAGCAUUCUCCUGAAGCAUGAAGAAUC